UUCUGCGCUCGCGGCCUCCUCCAUUUUGUCGGUAGAGGAGGCCGGAGGUGGACGUGAGCUGCAGGCGCCAGGGUGAUCAUCGGCCAGCGGCUCGGUGUUUGUGGGGUUGCUUUGACCCUUGCCUCGUCUCUCCCUGGGAAGGGAAAGGGGUCUUGACGUCGGAGGUAACGGCUGCCGCAGACCCGAGCUCGAAGUCGCUAGGACUUCUCUCAAGCUUGUGUGCCGAGGAGACUCCGAUGUUGGCCUCAGCGCCUAGGCUGACCUCGGCAGAUCGGCCCAUGAGAACUUCUGUCUUGAGACAAAGGAGAGGCUCGGCCAGAAAGCAGCACCUGGUGUCUUGGGCUUGGCGGCAAGGAAGACGACAGGUGGUGGGCAACCUGCAGUCGGAGCAGCGGACUGAGAGGUGACAAGCAGAAGAUGGGUGGUGGCGAGAGGUGUGACGUUCCAGCCCCUCAGCCCAGAAAUGUUAGUAAGAACCAGCAACAGCUCCACCGACAGAAGACCAAGGAUCACAACUCCCAGAUGAAAACCGUUCACAAGAAAAAGGAACGAAGCCACGGCUGUAACCGCGAAGCAUGGCCGGCUGUGCCAAACGGAGCCAAGAACAAGAACUUUCCCAGUAAUCAGAACUGGAGCUCUAACUUGGCAAGUUCUGGCUUGCUUUUUAAGGCACAAGCUAAUCAGAACUAUGCUGGUGCCAAAUUCAGUGAGCCACCCUCACCCAGUGUUCUGCCCAAGCCACCAAGUCACUGGGUUCCUGAUUCCUUUAAUCCUUCAGAUAAGGAAAUGAUGACAUUUCAACUCAAAACCUUACUUAAAGUACAGGUAUAGAAUAUAUCAAGUGCUAAUAGUUUAGAUUGGUCAAAUUUAACUAGGAAACUUUGUGUAAGUCUAAUUAUGUGGUCCGGCAUUUCAUUUGCUGUGUGCACUGUAAUGGUAGAAUUGGUGCAACUUCAGUCAUAACACUUGAUAGUGAUCUGUGGUCUCAACUGAGUGACUUUGAAGUGAAACCAAUCAAGUUUGAAUUUCCAUUUGAGUUUAGAUUUGGGGGAGGGCUAAUUUUUUGUGGGGAAAAUUGAUUAUUCAUGAAUCUGAGCUUGUUUGAAGUCCCCGAAAACAAGGAUUAAGGCUAGCUAAAUGUCAGGUUAUAGAAACCUAAUGCACUGCUAAAAUGUGAAUUUCCUUGAAUGAAUGGAUUCUGCAGCAGUGUGUGUGGAAGGGGCACCAAGGGCCCUGGCUGGGUACACCCCAUGGCCUUAGCUGCAGUUGGAUGGCUGGCUGCCAACAAACGCACCCAAGCCAUCUUCUGUACAGCACUUGAUGGUUGCUCUACUUUUCCAAUAUAUUUUUGUAUUAACAGCACUGCACAAGCUGUUGGGACAGUGAUCUGGCCUCAUCACAUUCCCACACGUUUGCUCAGUAGGAACUGUACAAUGUGAAAGUUGUAAGUAGCUCGGGAAGAGAGCCAUGUAAAUAUGUGUAAUCUUGGAGCAUAUGUAGUUCUUGGCCUCUAGCCUACAGAGUAUUUUAGUAUGAAAUUGCUGAAUGUAAGACCUUGGACUUUUUUAAUGCUGUGGCCUAAUUUUAAAGGUCUGAAAUGUUUUUAACAUUUGUCCCUGUACUCAAAUCUUAAGUGCAGUGUGUAAUAAUUUAGAUGUAGACUAUGUAUCAAAGGAAACCUGUGUAAUGAGUUUUGUAAUACAACUAAAAGCUUUAAAGCUGUUCCCCCCACUCAAGCUCUAAAAUGAGCUAUUCUAGGUUCCCUCCAAUCUUAGCGAAGCUUUAUUUUGGCUUUCACCAUUUCUUAGGAUCUGAGAUUAAUGCACGCCUAUUGCAGUGGGGCUGUGUUGCAUAAAUCAUCCAGUGGAUGACCUACACAGAAAUACAGCAUUUCUCACAUAAUAGCUUGAUUAACCUUUUACCUAC